CGACCACCACUGGGCAUGGCGUCAUGUCACCCAAGUGAAUUGGUUUCCGAGUAGCUUACUCCUUACUAGCUUCUUCACUCAUCAUCACCAUCAGUGCAUGAAGAAGAGAUAUGGAUUGCCAUUGGGGCGUAAACAGGACACCGUCUUCUUGCUCAGCCGUCCUCAACUUUCGGAAUAUUAAAUAAUAAAUACUAAUUAACUAAUACUCCCUCCGUCCCACUGUCUUUGUCCACUUACCUUUUGGCACACCAUCUAAUGCACUUCUUUAAUCCAUUUUAUCUUGUAAUUUGUAUAUUAAAAAAUUAUAGAAAUUAUAUAUUAAUAAUCUAUAUGUUAAGACAAAUCAAACAAGAUCACACAUGACUAUAUUUAGGCUUACACAUUGAGAGAAUUUGAUGAGUCAAAAGAUUUUAGGUGAAAGUUUUGCUUAUUAAGCUAGCUCACUUCCACGUAACUCGCGUAUCAUUUGUAACAUAUUUGUAGUAACUUAGCUAUAAGUGAUGCAGGGUGGCCCAUCACUUGGCGUAGGACUCUCUAAAAGAUCAUUGUAUCCAUUAUCAUCACUCUCCAAACCUUGCCAGCAGCGUAAGAUCAAAACUCGACAUUUUACAAGUAAACAAAGCUCUCAACAUCUUACUUUUGCAACGUAUAAGGGCCCUUCAGCCCGAACCGGACCACAACCUUGGGAUCUUGGAAGAUUUCUUAGCACAUUGUAUUAUUUUAAUGGACCUCCCUCCCCUUCCAAGUUCUUUGAGUUCUUGAUUGGGAAGGUAUCCGGCACUUCGCCUAGUAAACCCGUAAAACUGAUGGAUGCUUCAGGAAUCAUCCUGGUUGCUGGGGCCACAGGUGGUGUUGGAAGAAGAGUGGUAGAUAUCUUGCGCAGCAAAGGGUUGCCUGUCCGAGCACUGGUCAGAGAUGAAGAGAAGGCAAGAAGAAUGCUUGGUGAAGAUGUUGAUUUGAUUGUAGGUGAUAUUACUAAGGCUAGCAGUCUGCUCCCGAGCCAAUUUAAUGGAGUGAGAAAGGUUAUUAAUGCUGUUUCAGUUAUUGUUGGCCCCAAGGAAGGGGAUACCCCUGACAGAGCCAAAUAUAAUCAGGGGAUCAAAUUCUUUGAGCCAGAGAUAAAAGGUGCUUCACCUGAAAUGGUCGAGUACAUUGGCAUGAAAAAUUUAAUGAAUGCAGUAAAGGAAAGUGUCGGGCUCCGUAUGGGAAAACUUGUAUUUGGAUUUGAAGACAAUUCAUCUCGACCACUUUCAUGGGGUGCCUUGGAUGAUGUUGUGAUGGGAGGAGUGAGUGAAAGCACAUUCGUGAUAGAUCCAAGUGGCGGAGAAGAUGCUAAACCAACGGGCAUUUUCAAAGGAAAUGUUACCACAGCAAAUAAUGGGGGUUUUGUCAGUGCAAGGACAAAGAACUUUCCCAUACCCAAAGAUCUUUCUGCUUAUGAUGGUUUGGAGCUGCGGCUUAGGGGUGAUGGGCGCCGUUAUAAGCUUAUCAUUCGCACUAGCCGUGAUUGGGAUACAGUGGGCUAUACAGUAAGCUUUGACACGGUGGAGGGUCAAUGGCAAUCGAUUCGUUUGCCUUUUUCUUCUCUGAGACCUAUUUUUCGAGCUCGGACUGUAUUGGAUGCACCACCUUUUGAUCCAAGCCAGAUCAUAUCAUUGCAGUUGAUGUUCAGUAAGUUCGAGUAUGAUGGUAAACUAAACCGAACUUUCAAGGAAGGUCCUUUUCAACUUCCUUUAUCACACAUUCGUGCAUACAUGAAGGAUCCUAUCACUCCCAGGUUCGUACAUGUGGGGUCUGCUGGUGUUACUCGACCUGAGAGAACAGGACUAGAUAUGAGCAAACAGCCUCCUGCUGUUCGCAUGAACAAGGAGCUGGGCUACAUUUUGACAUUUAAGCUAAAGGGAGAGGAUGUGAUAAGGGAAAGUGGAGUACCAUAUACAAUAGUGAGGCCUUGUGCUUUGACUGAAGAACCUGCUGGUGCCGAGCUCAUUUUCGAACAAGGAGACAAUAUAACUGGAAAGAUAUCCCGGGAAGAAGUUGCACGGAUAUGUGUGGCUGCUCUUGAGAGCCCCUAUGCAUGUGACAAAACAUUCGAGGUCAAGAGUGUGAUUCCAUUCAGUGAGCCAUACACAGUGGAUCCUGAAAAUCCUCCACCAGAGAAAGAUUAUGAUGCUUACUUCAAGACAUUGAAAGAAGGUGUCACUGGGAAAGAAAACAUAGAGAUGCAUAAGGAGAGAGCUAACUUAUAAGGCUUGAGUUAUCUUGGCAGCCAUUUCUGUGUAAGAGAGAAUCUUCCCAGGUGAGCUCAAGAACACACUCCUUUGAAUGGGAGGAGACCACAGACCACUCUGUGAAUAAUCAAACCCAAAUUCCGACACAUCUGAGUAUUUUGAGAGAAGCUUUUCUGAGACUAAGUUUGAAACCAGCUGAGCUCUCAAUGUUGAGGAUGAUUCUUCUGAGGUACACAUUUUAUCAAAACAAUGUUUAAUUGUUUGGCAUUCUACUCUACAUCUUUCCAUUAUAUAAGUCUCAAGAAAGAUGGUUUUUCAUGUUUGGCCAAUUCAAAUGUGAUACGUGACCCUCAAAUAAUAAUAAUAAUAAUAA